GCCGCACCGCGUCCGUGGUGACUUGGGUUUUGUGUCCUGAGCCGAUCCCGGGAGUUGGUGGUCCCUGGGCCCCGUCACCCGCGCAAGACACGUAGAGAGGGGGAUGUCUCCACGCUGCGGGGAUGUCGCCCGCACACUGUGGCCCCGGGUAUUUGGAAGAUACUUAUACAGCCCAGGUAGAGCAUUAAGUUCCUUACCAGAUAACAAAAAGGAAUUUUUACAGAAUGGACCAGACCUUCAAGAUUUUGUAUCUGGUGACCUUGCAGACAAAAGUACUUGGGAUGAAUAUAAAGGAAAUUUAAAACGCCAGAAAGGAGAAAGGUUAAGACUGCCUCCCUGGUUAAAGACAGAGAUACCCAUGGGCAAAAAUUACAACAAACUGAAAACUACAUUGCGGAACUUAAAUCUCCAUACGGUGUGUGAGGAAGCACGAUGUCCCAAUAUUGGAGAGUGUUGGGGAGGCGGAGAAUAUGCCACGGCCACAGCCACCAUCAUGUUGAUGGGAGACACAUGCACAAGAGGUUGCAGAUUUUGUUCUGUUAAGACUGCAAGAAACCCCCCUCCCUUGGAUGCCAACGAGCCCUACAAUACGGCAAAAGCAAUUGCAGAGUGGGGUCUAGACUAUGUCGUCCUUACGUCUGUAGAUCGUGAUGAUGUGCCUGAUGGGGGUGCCGAGCACAUUGCAAAGACUGUGUCACACUUAAAGGAAAGGAACCCAAAAAUUCUGGUGGAAUGCCUCACCCCUGAUUUCCGAGGAGAUCUUAAAUCAGUGGAAAAAGUUGCCCUGUCGGGAUUGGAUGUGUACGCGCAUAAUGUGGAAACAGUUCCUGAAUUACAGAGGAAAGUUCGGGAUCCCCGGGCCAAUUUUGCCCAAUCGCUGCGUGUACUGAAACAUGCCAAGGAGGUGCAGCCCGCACUUAUUUCCAAGACAUCGAUCAUGUUGGGCCUAGGAGAGAAUGAUGAGCAGGUGUAUGCAACGAUGAAAGCCCUUCGUGACGCUGAGGUGGAUUGCCUAACUCUAGGUCAAUAUAUGCAACCAACAAAGCGCCAUCUUAAGGUUGAAGAAUAUAUUACUCCUGACAAGUUCAAAUAUUGGGAAAAAGUCGGAAAUGAACUUGGGUUUCAUUAUACUGCAAGUGGCCCUUUGGUGCGCUCUUCAUAUAAAGCAGGCGAAUUUUUCCUGAAAAAUUUGGUGGCUAAAAGAAAAACAAAAACACUAUAAAAUUUAGACAAGACCUUCAAGAUCACAGAAAUUUUAAAUUUUUGCUUCCAGCUGAGUGUGGUGGCACUUUUAAUCCCAGCACUUGGGAAGAAGAGGAAGGAGGAUCAGUGUGAGGUUGAGGCCAGACGCUACCAUGGUGGGGGGGGGAGAUAAACCUUUUCUCCAGAGUUUUGCUUCCAGCUGGUACCAAGGUGAUGUCAGCCUGCUGACGUCAGUGGAUACACACCGACUUAAAAAAAAACUUGUCCGAUCCAGGCAUGGUGGCACAUGCCUGUAAGCUCAGCUUGUGGUACAGAGUCACGAGGAUCACCAUAAUGAAUCUCUGACCACCCCAGCAGCCUACACUACAGUGUAAGACUCUGUUGCAAAAAAAAAAAAUUUGUAAGUAAUACAUAUUUAAUUAUAGUAAUUCAUUUGACUUUUGGCUUUUAGCUUCUUUGUCUAAAUAAUUGCUUGCUAUGAUGUAAUCAUAGAACGUCUUUGGAA